AUGGCAGAACUUGAACAUUCAGUCUCCUCUUACUAGUUAAGACCUGAGACUUAGAAAUCUUAAAGAGUAAUAUCAGAGUAUGGAGCAAGAAGCAGAAGUAGACCUGUGAGUACUAAUGGUGUUGGAGAUUACGGUAGAGGUGGUUAGACCUACGGUCAGCCAGAAUUAAAAUAAUCAAAAUCAACCGUUAACUAAACUAUGAUUCAAUAUAACAAUAACCAACUAGACAUUUCAGCUCUAUCUGAUUAAUAAAAUAUGGGAAAUUAAUCAAUGGCUGAUUUUAGCAGAUCCUAAAUAUAGUGGGGAGUUGAAGGCUAUUAUGCACCUACAAAUGAUUGGUAUUUUCAUAGACCUAGAACAUUUUGGGCCAAGGGUAAAAAGGAAAAUAUAAUUGAAUGGGAAGCCAAAAGAAAGAAGGAUUUACCUGCUCCAAAUCUAUACAAAUUAGAAAAUGAUUGGUCCAAAAAUACGAAAGGGAGAUUUUUGAAAGGUGAUAGAGUUACUCUAAUUGAUGAUAUAUUGAAACUGAAAAAAUAGAGACUUCCUGGUCCAGGUUCAUACAAGCUUCCUUCAUAUAAAAUUUAAGGAAUGCCAAAGACGACCACUGAUAAAUGCUAGUUCAUAAAUGAUGCCAAAUAUAGUGCAAUGUAAACACCUGGAUCGAAAUAUAAAAUUAACUAUGAUUUAACACGGCCAAGAACACCAGCAGCGAGAUACUUUGCUGAUAAAAGUCUAACAGGAAAAGAACCUAUUUCAAUAAAGCCAAAGAAGACAAAAGAUCCAGCCCCAGGAACUUACAAUGUUGAAGAUUGCUAUAGAAAAACUCAAUGGGGAAAUAGUGUUUACUCAAUUGGAAAAUGCAAAAUCACAAAUUAUGUCGAUAUUGCUGUUAAAAAGAAAAAGUUUGUCCCUGGGAUUGGAACUUAUAAAGAAUUAGACAAAGGAUACUAGGCCUUAAGUAAACCACCUACCUCACUUAGAAGAUAUAGAUGA